GUUUUGGGCUGUGAAGAAAACGCUACGGAGCGUGCGUUACAGUGGUUUUGUUAGGUCUCACUUUGUUAUGACACGCCAGUGAUGAUCGGGUAAUGACGGCGACUACUAGCGGUUCUGCCGAAAUUAAUGGGAAGUUGAGGCAACUACGACGGCGGUCACAAUCUAAGUGCUCUGUGUGGUGAAUGACACAAACGCAGCAUGUGAGUUAAUUUGCAAAUCCUGCUGGCCGUCCUCCUGGCCGUCUUUUGCUACUGCUUGGUGCUCGCCUUCAUCCUCUGCUGCCGGCCAAAGAAGAGCUUACCCUCAGAGGACAAGGAGAUUGGCAUGACGUGCCCUCACCCCAACGAGCGAGUGACCGUAACGGUGACACCGGCACUGUGCACAAGGCCUGUCCGGCAACAGUACGAAGAACUGGACGGCGACGUGCUGGAUUUCACGUCCUCCAAAAGCAGCUCAUCUCCAUCCGAGGACGAUCUCAGCGACCUCCCGUUUGAUUCCAGGUGCGCGUCUCCUUUCCGCCGCCUCAGUUCGCCAGUCGUUCCUUUGGGGUGCCGUCAGAAUUCCAACCACAGUGGGGCAUCUUUACCAUCGCUCACAAAGCUGGUCCCUAAAUCCCGCUGGGCGAAGGGUCGGCGCAGCACCGUGAGCGGGGAAAGUUUUAGCCACCAGGCAACGCUUUCUCCCCCGCAGUACGGAUCCAUCACAUCGCCCAAACCCGCCAAGCCGGCCCCCUUGCUCCAUUUUUCCCUGCUCUACUCCUCAAGCGGUACCCUGGUUGUGAACAUUCUAGGGAUGUCCGGCAGGAGGCGCGGCAACAGGGUUUUGGUGCGGGCCAGCCUGCCUCCGCUGUGCCCGUUGCCGCAACAAGUGGUCUCCCGGCGCCGCAGUGUCAGCCCUGAGUUGCAGAACCAGAGCGUCGCGCUUCAAGCCGGCUCCGUGGAGAGGCUGCGUUUAUGCACGCUGAAACUUGAGGUCUACGGCCGCGACUUUUCGGGACUGCGAGAGGUGGCGCUUGGUGUUGUGGAGUUGCCUUGCCAGCACCUGGACUGGGAACCUGACACCACAGCAACGUGCACUAGGCAGCUCAGUCCCGUCAAAAGCAAACUCAAAAAGAGUGUGAGCUCUCAGGACACCUGGUCUCACAGGAAGAGCUCGCUGUGUCCGCCACGAUCAUUAGGCCAGCUUUUUGUGCUGCUCCAGUACCAGGCAUCGGCCGGCCGCAUCAAAGUGAUGGUCCGCAAAGCCGAGCAACUGGCCAAGCUCAUGCGCAUCCCUGGAGCACCAGACCACUACAUCGUCAUCAACUUGCAUCAUGAUGGCAAAGUGAUCAGCACCAAGGAGACCAAAGGAGCUGGAAGUUCCAGUCCAGUUUGGAAUGCACCAUUCCUGUUCGACCUGCCGCACGGUGACAUCGCUCAACUGCCGUUACUCCUCGAGUUUAUCGUCAUGCAGGGUCGUCUAUAUACUAAGAGCAGCAUUCUGGGCCGCGUGCUGAUUGGUGGUCAUGUUUCGGAUGAGGGGCGAGGACACUGGAAGGAAAUGUGUAGUCGAGGACCAGUGGAGACUGCACGUUGGCACGCCAUCCAGUCAGAUGUGCAGUAGACAUUAUGGACAGAUAAUUUGAUUGAUUUUUUUUUUUAGUUGUGUUUAUUCAAUUUCUAAAGUGUCCAUGUACUGCAUAGUAUGGUGUGUUAUAAUUCACAUGUGAGCACUAGGUCGAUACAAAUGUCACAACCUGGAGCAUGUAGCUGGCCCCAUUAGCUUAAGUGGCUAAUGUUGGCACGUUUCGUGUGUGUGUUUAUUUUUGCAUUGUACUUAAAGAAAUGUCUUUUAUACACCUGUAACCUUUAUCUUUCAUUCUGUUUGAUGGUAUUGAUGUUAUCACUGUAAUGCAAAAGUUGCUAGAUAGCUAGCCAUCAGCACGGAUCAUAGCAUCGUAAGAUGAUUUUAGCACCAAACAGGCUAACCUUUGUGAGUUAUGGUUAAAGUAGAGGUCUGUUUAAUUAAAUUCAAUGGAUUGAUGAAUGAAAUGGCUUUUUUUAAACAAGUAUUAAAAUACACAUACAUUUGAAAUAUGCCAAUGUGUACAAUUGUACCAUUAAGUAUACUUUACCCAUUUUACGCAUAAAAAGUACAAAUCCGAUUUAAAAAAAAAAAAAACAUUCUGUACAGUAUAUAACUUGAGAAAUUUUGAAAACAUAUUUUUUAUGCCAUACAAUUUUUUUUUGUUAAUGAAUCAAUAAAUGUGAAAAUGUGAUAUAUUUAUCAUUUUUAGCAUUUUCUCCCUCUUGCAGGUUUCAUCUAU